CCCGCCAUCUCUCCCCAGAAGGAGACAUGUGAGCCUUCAAACACGCUGGAGACGCCACCAUGCGCCACUUUGCAAACCCUCUUUUAAAAACCAUCAUCGCCAGGAGCCCGUUUGAUAGCAUCAGGAGGAAGCAGUGUCUCCAGUAUCUGAAAGCCCUGCGGCUGCUGCAGUGCGAUGGAUUUAGGACUGUGUACUUUGGGGAGACUGAUAUUCCGGAAAGCCUGGUCACUGGCGAAGACUUCAGCGACGGUUACUUCAUGCAAACUCCGACUUGGUGCAUUGUGCAUGCCGGUGGCGGUCAAGGCUGGGUGCCCUGGAGGUACCGGAUGUUCCUGAGAGACGAGCUGUGUGUCAAACAGGAAGACAGCGUCUUCUUUGAGUUCUGUGACAUGCUGAAGAAGGCCUAUGGGAAGUGUGCCAUCGUGGUCAAAGAGAGAAGGCAGCAGGAUGAGCUGAGGCCACAGGGCAGCAGAGACGCCGAGGUUCAGACUCACGUGCCCAAAGCCAGCCACCUAACGAGCAUCGCUUGUUGCCCCAACGUGGCCAAGUCCUGUGGCCAUGAGCUGCUCUCUCUGCCCUCUCCUUACAAUUACCUGAACCCUCUGGACUCAGCCUGGUCUUCUCUGAAAUGGUUCAUCAUCAAUAACAGGAAAGAGUUUUGUCUGGAGUCCAAUGACCAUGUCUAUUCUUACCAGUAUAUACUGUUCAGUGACUUAAUCAGCAAAGGGAUCGAAAGGAUGAGCCCAAGCAAAUGGAAAACACUAACUACCAAAGUACGGAGGUGGGAAAACUACUACCUGGGGAAAUAUUCCCAAGGGUGAUUCCCCCAGCAAGCAGCGAGACCCUGCUCCACGCAUGGUCCUUACCGCUAACCUUGUCGGGCUCCGUUCUGAGCCACUGCCACCAAAGGUACCGCAAUAGGGACCUCGCAGGGAUGCUGUGAGGACGGGGAGGGGCCUCAGGAUGUCAACAAGGUACUUGGAAUCUACCUGAGGUUUCAUUAAAGCUUCUUGGUAAAAUAGGGGUCUUGGAUCUCAUUAAGGCCGUGCUGAAGACUGGGUGGGCUAUGUCAACAAGAGGAGCAGGGCUAACCCAGUCUACACGAGGAUGGUGAGGA